CACAUCAUCAGAUCAUUCAGCAUAAAGAAGACUGAACUCAACUCACAAUGAAGAUCCUCCUCAUCUUCCUCACUUUCUACCUGAUCUCAGCUGCAGUGAGAUGCUUUAGCGUCACGGGAUAUUCUGGAGCAAGUCUUCUUGUUGAUUCUGGGAAACUUUGGUUCCGUGACUCUGCUAAAUAUAUGGCCAAAUUACCUGAGUGGAGAACAAUAAUAAAUGAUAAGAAACAUGAUAAAUUGAUUAAUGAAGGAAGAUUCACACUUUAUCGAAACAGUGAGGGAAACCUCAUGAUCUACAUCAGAGAACUCAAUCAACAUGAUGCUGGAAGAUACGCAAUUGAUGUUCUUCACAACCAGCGUAUAUAUAUGACUGUGAAUGUGAAAGAAGAAGAAGAUUUCUACAUGAUCUUCAUUAUUAGUGUGUGUGUGAUUCUGCUGCUGAUCGGUGGAUUCACUCUGACUGUGUGCAAAUUAAGACACACGAGACGAGGUGAUGCACACACACACAGGCCAGUUCACUCACAGUUACUCACAAUCCCCUCUGAUGAGCUCCUGUACACUGCUGUCAGUUUCCAGAAGCAUGAAGAGUCUCUCAGUGACGCUACAGUCAGAUUCAGUAAGGAGGAGAUUUGCACCACGGUCAUUUACCACACGAGACUCAACUAACUCACACAACAGUUAACAUACAUAACAGAUACAUAUACAUACACACACACAUAACAGAGAUCACAGAUCCUCACGUUACUAUUGGUGUUAAUGCACAGACGUGCAGCAGUGUGUCAAAUCAUGAGACACUUUAAAGUUUCCACCGCUGCUCAUGUUGCUUCUUUCACAUGUUUAAAAUAGUCUGUCAUGUUCGUUUUUGUCAGGUUGCAAUGAAGACAGGAAACAAUACCCCUCACACUGUAAAGUUUCCACUCCAAAUGCAGAUACACAUAUAAUUCACAAAGGCUCUUUAAUAGCGACUCCAAAACAAACACGAGUUCAACCAGCCUUUAUAUGAUGAGAUGCAUGAAACGUGAGAAGCAUAAUUUGUACUCUGUGUAGAGCUGAUACGUACUGUUUUGUUAUUCUUAUAUCUCUGAAUGUACCGCUGCUCUCUGACCUGCUUUACAUUAG